AUGUUAUUACUCCUGGAGAGCUUUGACAACAUUUACCUCGACCUAUCCAACAAUGCCGGCAAGUGCAAGUUGGCGGAAAGUGGUCUAGGAUGGCGCCCUGCUGGCGGAGGCGACACCUUCACCUUGGACAGCAGCAACAUCGGUGGCGCCCAGUGGAGUCGCGCGGCGAAAGGGUUUGAGUUGAGAAUCCUGUCGCGAUCAUCCGGCGUGAUCCAACUCGAUGGAUUUGACCAGGAGGACUUCGAACGAUUGUCCAAGGCUUUUAAGAUCUGGUACGGCAUCAACGUUGAGAACCGCGAACACGCCCUGCGAGGAUGGAACUGGGGAAAGGCGGAGUUCACAAAGGCCGAGCUUUCCUUUAGCGUACAGAACCGACCCGCCUUUGAGGUUCCAUACUCCGAAAUCUCCAACACCAACCUAGCUGGAAAGAACGAGGUGGCAGUGGAGUUUGCACUCUCCGCUACGGAUGCGAACGGUACCAAUUCCCAGCCUGCUGGAAGCACCAAAAACCGCGGUCGCAAGGCUGCCGCAGGACCGGACGAAUUGGUUGAAAUGCGAUUCUACAUUCCUGGUACCGUUUCAAAGAAAGAGAAGACCGAAGAUGGCGAGGGCGACGACGAGAACGAAGAGGACGUGGAGGAACAGAACGCCGCAAACCUCUUCUACGAGACUCUUAUGGACAAAGCUGAGAUUGGCGAUGUGGCUGGUGACACAUUUGCGACCUUCUUGGACGUCUUGCAUCUUACUCCUCGUGGUCGUUUCGAUAUUGACAUGUACGAAUCAUCCUUCCGGCUCCGCGGAAAGACAUACGAUUACAAGAUCCAGUACACCGCCAUCAAAAAGUUCUUCUUGCUCCCUAAGACUGAUGAGACCCACACACUCAUUGUGUUGGGUCUUGACCCGCCACUGCGCCAGGGUCAAACCCGCUACCCCUUCCUGGUCAUGCAGUUGAAGUUGGACGAGGAAAUUAGCCUUGAACUCAACAUGACCGAGGAUCUGCUAAACACCCAAUACAAGGACAAGUUGCAACCGCACUACGAGGAGCCAAUUCAUCAAGUGGUAACCAAAAUCUUCCGAGGUCUGUCAGGAAAGAAAGUUAUCAUGCCAUCCAAGGACUUCGUCAGCCACCAUGGACAUCAUGGAGUUAAGUGUUCCAUCAAGGCCAAUGAGGGUCUGCUGUACUUCCUGGACAAGAGUUUGAUCUUCGUGCCUAAACCGGCGACUUACAUUCAAAUGGAGAACGUGGCUGUAGUGACCAUGUCGCGUGUUGGUGGUGCUGUUUCGGCCAGCCGCACAUUUGAUAUUACGGUGAGCCUAAAGGGCGGUCUGGGCGAGCAUCAGUUCAGCAACAUCAACCGGGAGGAGCAACAACCGCUGGAGGACUUCUUCAAGGCCAAGGGUAUUCGCAUUAAGAAUGAGAUGACCGAAGAUGCCUCGAGUCUCCUUAAGGCGGCACUUGAUCCCAAUGAGAUGAUGGAAUCCAGUGAAGAUGAAGGAGCUGUGCGAGCUGACCGUGGCUCGGCCGAUGAGGAUUCGGACACCCCCGACGAGGACUUUGCCGCAUCCUCCGACUCAGAUGUGGCCGAGGAAUUUGACGAAGACCACGAUAGCAGUGGUGAUGACAGUGAUGAGGAGAUGGCCGAUGCCUCUGGUGGUGAAGGAGCUGGAUCAGACGGCGAAUCGCGACCCAAGAAGAAGACCAAGACCGGCAAAUGA